AUGGCGGCCGGCGCGGUGCUGCGGCUGCGGCACUGCCGCGCCAUCAUCUUCUGCCGCCGCGCGCCCGAGCGCUGCCCCGCCUGCGCGCGCCCGCUGCGCGCCGCCGCGCUCAACGCCGCCCCGGUGCGCGUGCCCGCGCCCUUCGCCCGCGGACACCGGCAGCCGCGCGCCUUCCUGCUGCGGCCCGCGCGAGGCUCCUUCCUGGGAGAGUACGACGGGAGAUCAGACCUUCACGUGGGGAUCAGCAACAGCAACGGUGUGGUGUAUAACUACGACCAGGAGGGCAUUCACAGAGAUGCAGCUGGAUGGGACGAGUGCAUCAGCGUCCCGCUGGUGCAGCCAGACAUGUUUGCGCUCCUGCAGCAGUGGGAUGAGCUCCUAGAGGACUUCUCUGUGGGAGAGGCUUGGCUUCCUCACAGGUAUGAUGAGCAUGAGCACAACUGCUACACCUACGCCCUGGGAUUCAUUAACAGUGUCCUGACUGCACAAGGGAAACAGCAGAUGACUAAGAGUGAAUUCACAGAGAAGUUUGUGAUACCCCAGACAAAGAGAGCUUCCAAAUACAUCACUCUGCACCGGGAGCUAACAGCUAAUGAGUUCUACAUCGUACCCCUUCCUGCUCAAGAAGAACAGUGUUGAACAUGGCAAGUGGCUAUACUAAAACAUGGAGCAGGGAAAGGAGGUCUUACACACUCCACAUCUCAGGGUUUAAGAUGAUGCAUGACCUACUGAUGUGUUUAAAAACACAACCAACUCGACCUGUUAAGCUGCACAUCAUGGGAGGAGCAGAGAUGAAGUUGUGCACUAUAAGGAAACACUAUGUGCAAGCCACAGGAGAUUUCCAUGGGAACUGUUCCUCUGGCAGAAUGUUCCCCCAUGUGUAUCCACUCCAGGCUCUGUUCUGCCAAGGCAUUUCAUACUGGAAAUCACAACUUCUGUGUAAUUAAGGGUUUUAACAAAUGAACUGGGGCCACUUAAGCUGCAGCAAACCAAAAUGUUUUCUUUUUCCUCUCACAUUUGUUUACUGUUGGUUAAAAAAGAGGGAACUGGUGCUUGUGUGCUGCUGAAACCCAAAGUCUGUGGCUUAAUGCAGUCACCACAUACAUUAUUUUCCUUUCAUCACCAAUAAAU